CACCCACCGCAUAACGCACGGGCGCCGCUGAAUGACGUUUGAAGAGGUCUUCCGGAAGCGGCGACUGGUAUUGAUAUCUGCACAUUAGAGCGGGUGCAAAAGGAUUUAGCAAGAAAGCAAGCAAACAAGGUGCGUGUUAUUAUCACGGCUGCGAUGGCUCAGGUAGGCGCUAUAGCGUCCCUGGCGGUGGCUCUCGUCGCUGCGGCGCUGUUCUCUGCCGUGCACAAGAUCGAGGAAGGACACACCGGCGUUUACUACAGAGGUGGCGCUCUCCUCACCUCCACCAGCGGCCCCGGCUUUCACCUCAUGCUGCCUUUCAUCACCUCCUUUAAAUCUGUGCAGACAACGUUGCAGACGGACGAGGUUAAAAACGUCCCGUGUGGAACAGGUGGAGGGGUGAUGAUCUACUUCGACAGGAUUGAGGUGGUGAAUUUUCUCAUCCCUUCUGCAGUGUAUGACAUCGUGAGGAAUUUCACGGCGGAUUACGACAAAUUGCUGAUCUUCAACAAGGUUCACCACGAGCUCAAUCAGUUCUGCAGCGUGCACACCCUGCAGGAGGUCUACAUCCAGCUGUUCGAUCGGAUUGAUGAGGAUCUCAAGCUCGCUCUGCAGCAGGAUCUCACCAUCAUGGCUCCGGGACUCAUUAUACAGGCUGUUCGCGUUACGAAGCCCAACAUACCAGAAAGCAUCCGCAGAAACUACGAGCUAAUGGAGAGUGAGAAGACGAAGCUUCUGAUCGCGGCGCAGACACAGAAAGUGGUGGAGAAAGAGGCGGAGACAGAGAGGAAGAGAGCUGUGAUCGAGGCCGAGAAAUUGGCUCAGGUGGCAGAAAUCAAGUUUGCGCAGCAGGUGAUGGAAAAGCAGACGGAGAGAAAGAUCUCGGAGAUCGAAGACUCUGCUUACCUGGCGAAGGAGAAGGCUCGGGCUGACGCUGAAUUCUACACGGCUUUGAGGACAGCCGACGCCAACCGGAUGAAGCUGACCCCUGCAUAUCUGCAGCUCAUGAAGUACAAAGCCAUCUCAGCCAACAGCAAGAUCUAUUUCGGGAGUGAAAUCCCCCGCAUGUUCGUGGACUCCGCCCCGGGGGGCUUGCGGACCGCCGCAGUGGACGGGACAGGAGGGGGGGGGCCCCAGAGCCACAGCUAGAGGGUGGGUGGAGGGGAGGGCAGGCGAAACUGACUCUCUCAGGUCAGCAAACUCCAGCAUUAAAUCGAGCGGAGAUGAGUGUGAAGAAUGUGUCGAGUUCAUUUCAUAAAGCUGGAUCCUUGAGGUCACUUUCCUUGUUUUGAUAAGGAAGUGAAACAGGGAAGUACGCACAGCACAUGUAAAGAUUAGGAAUUUCCAGCGAGGCCACACCACGCUUCUUAAAUAUCGUUUAAAUAUCAAAUCUCUCUUCAGCACUUUUAUCUGACAUACAAGCAGGACGGGGGUGGGUGGGGGGGUGUGACCCUAGCACACAGCCACAUUGUAACUAAAACCACACUGAAUUCCUUUCUCUUGUUCCCCCCAUUGCGGAUUACAAAACCUUUCUAGAAUGUUUGUUAUGGAAGCCCACAUCCUUUCUUUGACAGCGUAACAAGCAUCACACUCUGUACUCGCUGUGAUGUCACACUAGAGUCUUCGCCACACUUUGAAUUCAGAGCUCUCCCCGUAGCUAUAAAAGGUUCUUUAAAGGUUAAGUAGCGGGGUUCUGAAAAAUACAGCGUUACCCGUCCCCCACGUGCUGCUACAACUGUUUAAAUAACAUGUCGUUUUUCUUUUCAUUGUGAACAUCCUGACAACUUUUUACACUUUAGAACUUUAAAAAGUCUGUUUCAAAGCUCUUUUCAAAAUGUCGAAUCUAGUGCACACUGGGGUUUGAGAUCUGUCCUCUAAAUCACUGCAGGAAGAGCGAUUAAAAAAAAACAAACAUAAGGGAUCUAGCUUUUGUGUGUUUAAAAAUUGUCAGGAUGUUAACAAUGAAAAGAGAAAUGACAGGUACGUUAUUUAAACAGUAGCAGCACGUGGGGACGGGUGACGCUGUGUUUAGCUAUAAAUAUAUAGCUGUAAAAAAAUUUGAAUAAGAGUCCACGCUUUUCAGGGUGCUUUCCCCCCUGCUGUUAAAAUCCGCAGCUCAGUUCAUUUUUAGGGUCCUUGUUUAAGAAAAGAACAACAAAAAAAAAAAAAAACAGUAUGCACUGAUCGUGUUUGUCUUGGAGAUUUUCCAUCUUCUCCAAACUUUUAUCGUGCCCUUUGUUGCAUUUGGGUAUGUAACCUGUUAAUAAACUCUUAAUUGUAUUAAAAAAUACACUCUUUUUUAAAAACAAAUAUUUACAACAGUAUGCAAUUGUAGGACUGCCUAAAAAAAAAAAAAAAUCAACAUUAUUUUGCUGACGUCGUUUGUUUUUAGGAAUUAUUUUGUUGCAAAUGCGCACUCUGGUUUAUCUGUUAUGAUUUUGACUGAUUAUUUUUAUGAUUAUUGUUAUGUGUGUUAUUAGUAACUGCUUCAAAGGUAAGGCUACACUAAUCCAAUCACAGAAGGGAAGGCUCAGCUAGUGUGCAUGCUAGAGCAGUGCUUAACCAUGGCUUUACAAUCCAUCUUCAGUAUGUUUUGUUAACGGAAGAUAACCUUUUUUAUUAGCUUUUAUUAUUGCAAUGCAAAAAUAUUGGAAACGACUACAAAGAAGGUCCCAGUCAUUUUUCUUUUCAUUGUUAACAUCCUGACAACUUUUUACACUUAGAACUUUAAAAAGUCUGUCUCAGAGCUCUUUUCAAAAUGUCUGCUCCAGUGCACUGGGGUUUGAGAUCUGUCCUCUAAGUAACUGCAGGAAGAGCGAUAAAACAAACAAGAAAAAAAAAACACAACAAGUGCGCUGGCUUUUCAGUUCCGUACCACAUCACACACAGUUGUUGCUGUGUUACCUGUUUGACAAUGUGGGCAAUAAUCCUGGCGCUAUCAGUGCACUAGAGCAGACAUUUUGAAAAGAGCUUUGAAAAAGACUUUAAAGUUAUAAGCGUAAAAAGUUGUCAGGAUGUUCACAGUGAAAAGAACAACGACAGGUACGUUAUUUAAACAGUUGUAGCAACACGUGGGGACGGGUAACGCUGUAUUUGUCGGAACCCCGCUAAGCAAUCUUUAACUUGUGUGAUUUUAUGGGGUAUAGUAAAAUACUUUACGCACAAACAGUCCUAGGAACAACCUAUGCUUCUAUCUCCCUGUUAGUUUGACUAGUAUUUGUUUUGUUUUUUUUUGUACUGCAUCUGGUAAGGUAAUGUUUCAGCUCACAGCAUUGAACCAAACCCUGCAUGCUGUCUUAUUAAGCUCACAGAAUAAAUGUAAAACCUGGACUGUCUCAAACUGCUGUGCAAUGGGAGUAUUAUUAUUAUUAAGCUCAGCAGAUUUUCAGCAUUGCUACGUGUAGAGGUGAGAGCAAGUCCUGUGAUGAGUGUUAAUUUUAAUAAAGUUUUAUUAUGAUGUUGACAUUCCAGAAUAAAGUUUGUUUUUCUCUUGAUAAA